CCGCGCCCCGCCCCGGGAAAAGCGAAAGCGGCUCUGGCGGAGGACGUGGGACACACCACCAAGGGCGCGCGCGGGGGGGUAUGACCGGGAGCCUUGCGCGCGACUCCAACCGGCGGCGCUGCUGCCUCCGGCGCGCCUCCCCCUUGGACUGCUGGAAGAGGUGGUGCGCUCCGAGCGGUUCCCGGAGUUCCCAGGCUCCCGGGCAGGCCCGCGGCAGGUACCUGAGCACCGGGUUCCUGGGCACCCGGCGCCCGCUGCCAAGAUGCUGGGGCUACUGGUAGCGUCCUUAGCCCUGGCGCUCGCCUUCUUUGCGCUGCUGGACGGCUGGUACCUGGUGCGCGUGCCCUGUGCUGUUCUGCGCGCACGCCUGCUGCAGCCGCGCGUCCGCGACUUGCUGGCCGAGCAGCGGUACGCGGGCCGGGUGCUGCCGUCGGAUCUGGACCUGCUGCUGCACAUGAACAACGCGCGCUACCUGCGCGAGGCCGAUGUGGCUCGCGCCGCGCACCUGACCCGUUGCGGUGUGCUGGGGGCGCUGCGCGACCUGGGCGCGCACACGGUGCUGGCCGCCUCGUGCGCGCGCUAUCGCCGCUCGCUGCGCCUGUUUGAGCCGUUCGAGGUGCGCACCCGCUUGCUAGGCUGGGAUGACCGCGCCUUCUACCUGGAGGCGCGCUUUGUCAGCCUUCGCGACGGCUUCUUGUGCACCUUACUGCGCUCCCGGCAGCACGUGCUGGGCACCUCGCCGGAUCGCGUAGUGCAGCACUUGUGCAAGCGCAGGGUGGAGCCCCCCGAGCUGCCGGAAGACUUGAAGCACUGGAUCGCCUACAAUGAGACCAGCAGCCAGCUGCUCCGCGCUGAGAGUGGCCUCAGUGACCCCCGGAAGGACCAGUGACUGCCACGUCUGCGCCCUCCCUACCCUGCCUGUCAGCCGGUCCAUUCCACAGAAUGGGCCACCUGGGCUGCCCUCCUAGCCAGAGUGGCCUCGGACAAGCCUGGCUCCUCUUACCCGCUUGAUACUCCUCUGUGCUUACCUCAUCGUGGGCAGCUGUUGGAGUGCACGUUGUCCUGGCCCAGCUCUGCCUCCUGGGUCCCCAUAGCAUGACUGUUCGUGUGCCCAGAUGAGCUGGAUCCUGCAGCAGCGGAAGGGCCAGCACAGAGCCUAAAGUCAGGGCUGCUUGUGUCCAGGCAGGCCACAGUCGUCUGGGGUGUGGCUGGGGCCUGCAGCUUACUCAGGGACAGUGGGGCCCUCCGGAGGGUCACCUUAUCGCAGGGAAGAUCGGGCCAGGACCAGCCCAAGGACCCCUCGGAACACGGAAGGGCGAAUGGAAGUUGGUCCCUGGCUAAGAUUCUGGUGAUGCCCGCCACUGAGAGGAUGCACCCUGUCUAGCCAGGUCACCAAGGCCAGGAGCCCUGGUGUAGGGGGUCCCAUGACCAUGCUGAGCACCUGCCCUGUCAGCUCAGGGAGGGGGGACAGCUGCUUGAAACUGGGCAACUGCCUCCUUGCUACCUCUCUGGGAACCAUACCUGGAGCCAGAGCCAAGAGCUUCAGUGAUGCCCUGACCCUCACCUGCCCCCCCCUUGCCCCCCCCCCCAACCCCAUGCUACUAUGCUUGCCUUAGUGCUAUCAAGGGGAAGCUGCAAUCUGUUUUAUUUAAAGAAAGCACAAGAUUAAAGAGUUUAAAAGGCA